GUUGACCACUCUGCGACAGUAUUGUAGCUGAAGAGACGGGGAUGUUCUGCUAAUUUAUUUCUAUUUUUCAUCAAAUGAGGCCAACCAAAGCUGUCAGACCAAGUUUUUGAAUUUCCAGUGAAAUAAACUUAGAAAUUACAAUAAACAUGAGUGGGGAUUCCAACUUGCCGCAUCUUGAUAUGUUCGUGGAUGAGAAGAAUGCCGAAGAGAGCGUUAUAACUAUUGCGAGGACGGUACGCCCGGAAUGGAAUGACAAAGACAUCAAGGUUAAGGUAUUUUCUGGAGGCAUUUCCAACAAACUGGUCGGCUGCUACGUCCCACCCAACAAGGAAGAGAUCCUGCUCAUGAGGAUCUAUGGCAAGAAAACCGAGCUCCUGGUUGAUCGGAAGAGGGAGAAGGAAACGUUUCAGAUCCUCCACAAAGCAGGGUGCGGACCAAAGCUCCAUGCUUCGUUUGAGAACGGUAUAUGCUAUGACUUUGUGCCUGGCGUGAUUCUGGAUGAAAAGACUGUCCGGGAGGAGAGGAUAUACAAGUUGGUUGCUCAUGAGAUGGCUCGGAUGCAUCUAAUAGAGGCCAACAGAGGAAAAGCGCCCUCUUCAGAGCUAUUUAAUAAACUCAAUCAUUUUAUCUCCCUCACCCCUGACCGCUUUGAGGACCCCAAGAAACAAGAAAUAUUUGAAAGGCGGAUUAUGCCACGAUCGGAGCUUAUUACGGAAGCCAACAUGUUGAUGUCUCUCGUGUCAAAUCUAGGCCUCCCGGUAGUCUUUUCACACAAUGACUUACUCCUAGGAAACAUUAUACUUAAUACAGAGAAAAGUAAAGUUAGUUUUAUAGACUACGAGUAUGCGAUGUUCAACUACCUCCCCUAUGACAUAGCAAACCAUUUCUGUGAAUUUCCAGGUAUUGAGGAAGUCAACUAUGACCUCUAUCCUGAAAGGGAAUUUCAGUUGAAAUGGAUUCGUGAAUACCUGAAGGCUCAUUAUUCUUUGCAAGGAGAGAAUAAAGCAGUUACUGAUAAUGAAGUUGAGAGGAUGUAUGCCAUUGUAAACAAGUUUGCAUUGGUGUCUAAUUUUUUCUGGGGUGUAUGGUCCAUUGUACAGGCUUGCCACUCAACUAUAGACUUCGACUUCUUAGAUUAUGCCAUUACACGGUUAGAUGAAUACAAGAGACGGAAACCUGCGUUCCUUGCUCUACCCAUCCCAGAAUAAACCAGCGUAUCACUGCAUCAGUCCAGACCAAACCAGUACAAGCUGGAUUAAACUAUUUUGAGUUCCAAGCUCUACCUAUCCCAGAAUGAACCAGCGUAUCACUGCAUCAAUCCAGACCAAACCAGUACAAGCUGGAUUAAACUAGUUUGAGUUCCAAGCUCUACCUAUCCCAGAAUGAACCAGCGUAUCACUGCAUCAGUCCAGACCAAACCAGUACAAGCUGGAUUAAACUAGUUUGAUCCAGUUUCAAGCUCAUCUUUCCCAGAAUGAAACAGUGCAUCUCUGCGUUCAACGAUACCGAACAAGCAUAAACUGGAUUGAACUAGAUUGAUAGAUUCCAAGUUCUCUUUAUAAUGAACUAGUGACUAUUCUAAACUAGCACAAACAUAUUGAUUGGUGCUUUACUAUCACUAACAUUCAUGGAUAUUAAUAAUAUUUUAAUUUGAUGUUGUAAAUAUCUUAAACUUUUAUGAAGCUAGGUAUGUCUCUGAAAUUUUUAGAUCACGUAUUAUUCAAUUAUGCUCUUGAAGACGAUGUGUUACUUAAACUUGCCAUUUCCUUUCACUAUACACUAAUCUAUGCAUGUUAUAAAGUCAAUCAAUGAACUUUCCAUUUCCCAUAAGCCCAAUGCAGGGAACACUAUUACCGGUGUGAAAAGAAAAAGAAAUGGGGUUCUGCCAUAGUGCUGGGCGAAAUUUCAAUAUUAUUGAAAAAAUAUUGAAUAUUCCAUUAUUGUUUUACGAUCACGAUUAUGUUGAUAUAUUGCAAUAACACUGAUGUAUAGCAAUACCACGAUAUGACCAGGGCUCCGUAACACAAAGAUUAGCGAUCAAUCGCUAAAUGAACUGACCAAUCAAGAUCAAUAUUACACACGCAUUUAGCUAAAAAUACUGACCAGGAACCAAUCAGAAGUGUUCUCUCAUAUUUGCUAUUCAUCGCUAAUCUUUGUGUUACGGGACCCAGAACAUUGUCGGUUAAAGCCUGGUCCCACUGGCUGACGAACACAAAACGUAUUCAUAACGGAUUCAGCGGACAAGCAUAUUUCGGGGUGGCUCCAUUUGUUUUCAUUUGCUCCAGACAAUGGACAAAAUGGGCGAACAAUGAAAUCACAGUGGAUGGAUACUCGAGGGAUAUAGAGCGUAGGAAACACAUAUGCAAAAAGUACACAACGGAUACAUUACGUUUUCCAAUGGAUGGCAAGAUUCUUUUUCGUCUCUGCAUCUGUAAGUGCAGUGGGCCCAAGCCUUUAGAAAAGUUCAUUACUACAUGUAUUCAUUGACCACAAAGGCUGCUCUGUAUUUACUUCAAACCAACUCAGAACGUAGUAAGUUGGUACCUGAAUCUCCGCCUUUCAUGGACAAGUACCGAUGCAAGCCUUUCUUCCAUUUCCCCUUCCCUUCUCCUUGAAGUACAGGUCAUAUAGAGUACCGAAAAGAUGACGUCACAAAAAACUAUUUUAGCAUUUGAGCGUUUUUGAUACCAUAUUUUGGUAGAGCAUGAUGAAAAAUCCCCACAACCCAAAUUGGGUGGGAAUCGGUCAUUGGGGCCUUCGAUAUGACUACAUGAAUACAUAAUUAACCCCACUGAAGUCAGUGUAUUAUUGGCCUGGUUCUAAAUGUUAGGAACCAGACCAAUAAUACAUCGACUUCAAUGGGGCUAAUUAUGUAUUCAUGAGGUCAUAUCUUGGGGCCCCAUGGACCGAUUCUCACCAAAUGUGGGUCGCAUGGGUUUUUUCAUCUUGCUCUACCAAAAUAUGGUAUAGAAUAAAGCUGGAAUGCAAAAAGUGAAAAUUGAUGAUGUCACACUUCGGUACUCUAUUGGAUUUUAGACUCGGCAAUAUAUUGUGUUAUCAGUGAUAUCAGAAUAAAACAAUAACACAGCCUAACAUUGAAGCAAAUUUCUAUUUUUGUAUGGUAGUUUGAAUUCGAAUAUUUAGUUUUUACCUCUUUAUAUACAUGUAUGUAUGUGUCAAUGAAAUAUGUUUGUAUUAAGAAUCAUUAAAAAUGAUUUUAAACUUAAAAAGUGUACAUUUGUAUUAAAAAUUAUAAACAGGGUAUAAUUCCAAUAUUAUGUAUUCCAGUUUCCAAUAUUCUUAUCUGAAUUGAUUUUUUUAUUAAUAUAUUAAUGUGCAUUUCAUAUUGGAAUGACAUGUUAUUAUAUAGAGAGUGGAAGCAUUUAUAAACUUAGUGUUUCUUGAAAGGUAAAACCGACUUGUCCUGGAAAAUUGAACCGGGAUUGUAAAGAACUGCUGCUAUGUGAAACGGGUACAUGUACCAUACAGUUAUGACUCAAGUUAUCUGUUAUGGUAUACGUAUAGGUACUUGGGUCCCAUCUUACAUAGAGUUGCGAUUGAUGCGAUCAACCUUAACUGUAUGGAAAUCUCACAAUGUCAUAACAUUUUCUACAGGAAAUUUGCACAAUGUCCUUUGUAAACAAAGAAAAGAACACUGCAUUUCAAGACAACGAUGAAUGUAGGAGUCUACAUCGUAUUUAGAAAAUAUUAUGAAUAAACAUUUAGAUGUUGACGUUGCUGGCUUUCCAUAGUUGUAAUUGUUCAAUCAUAAUUCUUUGUAAGACAUGUAUGUAUAAUGAAAAUGAUAAUAAUUAUGUCAUAUUUACCCAGGGUUGCCACUUCAGUUCUGAAAACUUUUCUCCCAGCGGUCCGUUUAACACGAUGUUAUUACCCCGGCUUUAGCACAGCUACCUUGAUUGGGCGCUCGGGCAUUCAAGGAAUUUUUUGCUACCAGGUGCCCAUUCACCUCAUCUGGGUUGAGUGCAGCACAGUGUGGGUAAAUUUCUUGCUGAAGGAAAACACGCCAUGGCUUGGGAUUGAACCUAUUCCGCUCAGAUUAAAUCAUGAAAAUUGAUAAGACUAGAAAAAUGAAUAUUUUUUUCAGAGUAUUGGUGUUGGUUUAAUUUUGUUUCUUUAAAGGACAAGUCCACCCAAACAAAAACUAGACUUGAUUAGAGAGAGAAAAAAAUCAAACAAGCAUAAUGCUGAAAAUCUCAUCUAAAUCAGAUAUAAAUAAAAAAUUAAUGAUUUUUUUAUGUCACAAAACAGUUAUAUGCUCAUCCUGGUCGGUAUGCAAAUAAGGGGACCGGUGACGUCACCCACUCACUUGGUCUUGUUUAUCUUAUGAUAUAUAAUAUUUCAAUUUUAUCAUUGUCAUGUGAAUAAACUUUUAUUCCUCUCUGAACGUGUAGUAUUACCAUUGUUCAGUUGGUCCUUAUCGUCAAAUCUGUAGUAUUGUAUAAUUCAUUCUUAUUAUUCAUUCAAUUUUUAUAAA